AUGGGGAUGAUCCGACCCCGGAGAAGCCACCGCCUUCGCUCGCACCGCUGCCCACCGCGCAGCCCGCCCCUCAGCCCUCGCCACGAGGCCCUGAUGACCUUCUUGGCCGGAGGGCCUCCCCCGGAAACCCUGUUACCUGCGCUUGCGCCUCCACCCCUGCUGCCUGCGCCGCUCGCGCCGGUGCCGCGGCCCGUCUCCCAGGUGCGCCAGAACUACCGUGCCGACUGCGAGGACUGCCUCAACCACCAGAUCUACGUGGAGCUGCACGCCUCCUACGUGUACCUGUCCAUCGCCUUCUACUUCGACCGCCAGGACCAGGCCCUGCAGCACUGCGCCGCCUUCUUCCUGGGGCAGUCGAGGGAGGAGUGGAAGCACGCGCAGACCUUGAUGAGGCUGCAGAACCAGCGAGGUGGGCGGAUCUGCCUGCGAAACAUCCUGGGGCCUGAGCAGAGCCAGUGGGAGAGCGUCCUGGAGGCCAUGGAAAGCGCCCUGGAGGUGGCGAGGAUGGUGACCCAGAGCCUGCGCAACCUGCACCUGCUGGCCACCAUGAAGAACGACGCCCACCUGCGCGCCUUCCUGGCGCGUCACUUCCUGCGCCAGGAUGUGCAGUUGGUCUACAACUUGGGCGCCAGUGUGAGCAAGCUGCGCAAGCUGGGAGCCCCGACCUCCAGCCUGGCCGAGUCCCUCUUUGACACGCUCGCUCUGGGUGCCCGCACGGAGAACUGA